AUGGGUGGUGGAAGACGAUUCCCAAGCUAUAUCCCAUCUCGUAAAGAGUAUGUGGUCACAUUCGAAGAGCCACACGAUCCUCUGCACCCACAGAAUUGGGCGACAUGGAGAAAGUUCUACGUAUCGUUCGUCGCAUGCAGCGGGACAUUUGUGGUCUCUCUGAACAGCGCCAUCUUUGCCGCAGGCGAAACUCAAGCCAGGGAGGAGUUUCGAGUCGGAAGAGUGGUCGCUGCUUUGGGCACAAGUCUCUUCGUUUUGGGCUUCGCAUUCGGACCUCUCAUCUGGGCUCCCAGCUCAGAGCUUGUAGGUCGACGUUGGCCACUCUGGAUUGGCCUGUUAGGGUCUUCAAUCUUCACAAUCGGAAGUGCAACCUCGAAGGACAUCCAGACCUUAAUCGCCUGUCGCUUCUUUGCCGGUGUAUUCGGAGCUAGUCCGCUCUGCGUGGUACCAGCGGUGCUUGCAGACAUGUACAACGACAACUAUCGAGGUAUGGCCAUUCAAUUCUACGCGUUGACAGUGUUCGGUGGCCCGUUCAUUGCACCCAUUGUUGGUGACUACAUCACAGCGAGUUAUCUUGGCUGGCGUUGGACUCUAUACCUGCCGGCCAUAUUCGGAUUUGCGGAUUUUGUUUGUAUGCUGAUAUUCUUGCAUGAGACGUUUGCCCCUUUGACAUUGGUCGGGAAGGCACAGCGGCUGCGACGACAGACUGGCAACUGGGCGAUUCAUGCCGACCACGAAAAGGUUGAACAUGAUCUAGACGCGAUCAUGCGGAAGUACCUUACUAGGCCGCUCCGCAUGCUCGUCGCAGAGCCUAUCGUGCUGCUAGUGUCUGUGUACAUGUCAUUCAUCUACGGCCUGGUGUAUGCGCUACUGAAAGCAUAUCCCUACGUCUUCGGCCAAGUUUACGGGAUGCCCAUGGGCGCCAGGUCACUGCCAUUUCUCGGCUUAUUCCUAGGAAUCUUGCUGGCUCUGCUCUUCAUCCUGUCCCAACACUGUUCCUACAUCCGGAAGUUGGAGACAAACAAUGGCAAAGUAGUACCGGAAUGGCGGCUUGGACCUCCAAUAUUUGGUGCAGUCAUAUUUCCGGUCGGUUUGUUCUGGUUCGCAUGGACUGGCUUCACCGAAAACAUCCACUGGGUAUCCCCGGUCAUAGCUGGGGUCUUCAUCGGCUUCGGGGUCCUUUGCAUCUUCUUGCCUUGCUUUAACUAUCUUAUUGAUGCUUUCCUUCCGCUUGCAGCCUCCACCGUCGCAGCUAAUAUUAUGCUUCGUUCUGCCGUCGCGGCUGUCUUCCCUUUGUUCUCCACCCAGCUGUUUGAGAACCUUGGGACACAGUGGGCGGGGACGCUUCUCUCCUGUCUCGCCACAGUCAUGAUUCCGAUUCCCGUGGUGUUCAAGGCCUAUGGCCCGCAGCUGCGAGGAACAAGUCGGAUACUGAAAGAAGUUUUGAUCGUGUGA